AUUGUUGGCAUCUCUGGGCAACUGAAUGCCCAUGCCAUGGCCAAUGAGUCACAGAAGGGCUGCACCUGCAGCUGUGCCAUCGGGCUGCACAUCUUCCUCAUCUCUCUGCUCUGCCUGCCGUUUGUAACGAUUAUUUCGGCGAUGUACUCCUUCUACAUUGGCACCCUCACCUGGUACAACAUGUUAAACUAUUACUGUGAGGAGAAGUCGUAUCUGCACAAGAUCUUCGUCACACCGCUGCUGUUCUUGGCCUAUCCGCUGGCCAUAGUACUGUGCACCUUCGGGUUGGGCCUUUACUCCGGUUUCCGGCAGUUGAGUCUGCAGUACAGCAGCUGGGUGAACGACAUCACGGACAUCGAGAAGGGUUUCUAUGGCUGGCUGUGUGGAUUCCUCCACAUGCCCGACUGUAGUCCCUACGAGGUGGUCAUACUAACCGAUAUCUGUGUGGCGCCGCAGGAUCCACAGCGUCUGCACAUAAACAAGCCCCGCCAAGAGUUAUCCAUGUAGAGGGGGAAAUCGUCGAAUGAGGGGUGCCAGUAAACGGUU